AUGGCGGCGAUUAGGAAAGGUAGAGUGAGUCAACAGACUUUUUGUAUGGGUGCAUGUAUUGCACUGAUACCAUACAUCGGCGUACUGGGCAGGAACUUCCAAAAUUUAUGGAAUGAUUCGUGGAUUCCGCUUCUACUUGCAUACAUUGUGUGUUAUCAUGGAGCCCUUUUCGUCCUGUACAACUUCCAGUGGAAUGAGAAAGAUAUCUACAAGGUUGCAGUGCGAGCAGCUUUCUUGGGAACAGUAUUUGGACUUGGGUUACUAAUUAGUUUCUCUGGCACAACAUGGAAAUACUUUGGCUGGUACAUAGUCGCACUUAGCUUUUUCCAUUUUUCUGAAUAUUACACAACAGCUUUAACAAAUCCACGCUCACUGACGUUAGACUCCUUCCUCCUGGAUCACAGUCGAGAAUACAAAAUGGCCGCCCUGGCUAGUUGGUUAGAAUUUACAAUUGAGUGGUAUAUAGCUCCAGGACUGAAGCAGUUUCACAUGGUCAGCUUUAUGGGGCUAUUGAUUGUAGUGCUAGGGGAGAUAAUCCGAAAGGCCAGUAUGUUUACCGCGAAAACAAACUUCAACCAUUACGUCCAGUACAUCAAACAAGAUGGCCACACCCUGGUCACGUCCGGUAUUUACUCUUUCUGUCGCCAUCCCUCCUAUGUUGGCUGGUUCUACUGGAGUAUUGGAACACAGUUGAUCCUGUUCAAUCCUAUAUGCUUGGUAGGAUAUACAAUUGUUUCAUGGAAAUUCUUUAAGGAAAGGAUUUAUGAGGAAGAAAUUUAUUUGCUCAAUUUUUUUGGAGAGCAUUACUUGGACUAUCAGAAAAAGGUUGGCACUGGUCUUCCAUUAAUUUCUGGGUAUCGAGGAGAAAUAUAGACACUGUGAUAACUGUAGUAUACCAAAUCAAUGCCUUUCUCAGAUGAAUUCCAUGUAGUAUCACAUGUCUUAAUGUAGAACAAAGGAUUCUGUUACUUUAAGGAGACGCCUCAAUAAAGUGAGACUCCAACAAUAAAUAGAUAAUCAGGAAUAAACUUAAUUGUCAUCAACACUUUCUGUGAUUGCAGAUUGACUAGCUAUAUUUUAUAUUUGUGUGAACAAUGUUAAUCAUGAAUUUGAUUGUGUGAUCGAUUCUUUAUAGGCAUUAAUGUUUUAUAUAUAUGUAAUAGUAUACUAUAAUUGCAUUACUUUAGACGUAUUUCAUGGGCAUGUAGUUGUUAUUAGAUAUUAAUCAUUCUGGGAAUCUGUGAUAAUGCUAGCACAUAUAUAUUACAAGCCCAUAGGGCCAACACAUUACUUCUCAAAAUUUAAGCUCAAUACAGGACAAUUAAAAAAAAAAUGGUUGAAAAUUUUUGCUUUAACAGCUGUAUUUUUGGUUUGCUUAUCAUCAGACAUGAGCUUAUUGGUGGUUGCAUGCAAUAUUAAUGUUCUCACUAUCAGCUGAUGCUAGUGCUGUCAAAAUUAGAUGAUUUAGUAACAUUGUCACUAAAUUAUAUAAGGAUAAUGUUAACGGGAAACAUCAUGAUAUAUAGGCGAUGUUGCUAGCACUAAAUAGGGAAUAAGUCUACUGUGUUUUACAAUUUUCAGUGGUACAUUGUGAUUAUGCUGUUGUUGAUUAAAUUUUCCUGGUGAUUCGUGCUGAGUAUGUCACCUAAAAUAGCCAUAUUUUGUAUCUAUUUCUUUAGUGGUUGGUAAUGGGGACGGACAUGCAGAUAUUAUCACUGACCUUGAAAGGCUUAGUCAAGACUCUUAUGAAAACAAAAUAAAACCAGUUGUGGCCUGUCCUUAUUUCAUUAAUGAACAGUUUUUGGUCCAACUGAUCAAAUGAAUAAAUGUAAUUAGCCUGGAACAGUUUGAUGCCCAUUUACAUACUGUUGGACUGAGGACUAAAAUUGGAUCUGAUGUCUCUUUUUAAAAAGAGUUAUUCCCCUUUGCUGACAUACCCGAUAGUUUGACUGGAGUAGGAAAAGAGGAAAUGUAAUGGCUUUGCCCAUUUUUAUUAAAUGAUAGAGGUAUUGAAACAUGACUUUCUUCCCAUCUGCAUUAUAUUUAGAAAAAUUUAUAGGGGAACAUUGACUGAUU